AUGCAGGAGCUUGCCCCACUCGGGGCGGGCGCUGCGGCGGGGCCAGACACAGGGGCUGCCGAAGCGCAAGCAGCAGCCGGCCGAGCCCGCGCGCGGCGGUUAGCAGGACAAGGCGAGGAGGAGGAGGACGAGGAGGAGGAGGAGGAGGACGAGGAGGACGAGGAGGAGGAGGUGGCCGCCACGGCAGGCAGGGGCAGGGGGCAGGGGCAGGGGCGGGAUGCAGGCGCGGCGGCGGCCGCGGCCGCGGCUGCAGCGGCAGCGGCGGGCUGCGCGGUGUUGGACCUCGCGCCCGUCGCGUCGCUGUCGGCGGGAGCCAUGGGCGGGUCGCUAGCCAGCUGCUGCGCGUGGGCGCCCUGGGUGCCGCACGACUGCCUGCUGGUGGGCAGCUGGGACGGGCACGUGGCGGUGUGGCGGCUGCCGACGGCGGGGGGAGGCAUGGCCGCGCCCAAGCUGGUGCUGCGGGUGCGGUCAGACCAGUGUGCCGUCCGCCGGGUCUGCUGGCAGCCCGACCCGCCAGUCGCUGACUCAGAAGCUAAGGAAGAGGACGCGUCAGAAGAAGCAGCAGCAGCAGCGUCACCAGCAGCGGCGGCGGAGGCGGCAGCCGGUGAGGCAGAGGAGGGGCGAGAGCAGCACGAGGAGGCCGCGACGGGGCCGGGCGGUGGCGGGUCUCCGGGCCCCGGCCGCCUGCGCAGCUUCCUCACAGCUUCUCAGUGGGGCGAGCUGAAGAUCUGGGACCCGGAGGACCCGUUUGCGCCGGUGCACUCGCGUGCAAUGAACAAGGUGCCCGUCACCGGCUGCGUGUGGGCGCGGGACCCAGGCGCCAUCGUGGCGACCCUGUCGGACGGCGGCGUGCGCGUCGUCUUCACGGGGCUGGCCGCGAUCCUCGGGGUGCAGCGGCAGCACGGCAGGCAGUCGCACAUCUGCCUCGAAGGCCCGGACCCCUCGCCCGUCUGGGCGGUGUCGUAUCACCCAGCGCAGCGGGUGGCUGCCUACUGUGGAGAUGCGGGGAUCCUCGGGAUCGUCCCCGUGGAGCCGCCCCUCAUCAACCGCCGCCACCAGAAGCCCGCGGCGGCCGUGUCCGCGAUCGCCGUCGACGGCGCCGGCGAGGCGUGGCUGCUGGCCGCGGAGCAGCUGCCGGGCAACGCCGGGCUGUACGCGGGCGGCGCGAUGCACCGCGGCGGCGACGGGGCCGCGGAGUCUGCGGGUCGGCGCGGCGUGCUGCACGACCCGCGGCAGGCGCUGUUUGGGGCUGCGUUCAGCCCGAACGUGGUGGGCGGCGCGUGCCAGCUGGCCGCCGGCGGCGCGGCGGGGCUGGUGAGGGUGCACAGGAUGAUGGUGGUGGUGGAGGGGGGCGCGGACACCGAGGAGUGGAUGGAUUGA